UCGGAGCCGGUCUGAGCGCGGCGGCCGGUGGUCUGCGCUCGGUCCCCGGGGGCGCGCCGCGAUGAAGGCGGGCGUGAUUCACUGUAGAUGUUCCAGGUGUUUUUCUUUCCCUUCAAAGCGAAGGGUAAGAAAACGGCCUCGAGUCCUGACGUUGUUAAGUCUGCCCGAGGAUGUUCUGUUUCAUGUUCUGAAGGGCCUUCCUGCUGAGGAUAUCCUCUCUGUCAGAGCUGUGCACUCGCAUCUUAAAUACCUUGUGGACAAUCAUGCUAGUGUUUGGGCAUGUGCAAGUUUCCAAGGAAUAUGGCCUUCUCCAAACAAUCUGAAGAUGUUUGAAAGGGCUGCUGAAAGGGGUAACUUUGAAGCUGCUGUGAAGCUGGGGAUAGCGUACCUAUACAAUGAAGGCUUGUCCAUCUCCGACGAGGGUCGUGCAGAAGUGAAUGGAUUAAAGGCAUCUCAUUUCUUCAGUCUGGCGGAGCGUUUGAAUGUGUGCGCAGCCCCAUUUAUCUGGCUUUUUAUCCGUCCUCCCUGGUCCUUGAGUGGAAGCUGUUGUAAAGCUGUGGUCUAUGAGAGUCUCAAAGCAGAGUGUCAGUUGGAGAAAGCUCAAAAAGGAUCUAUUCUCCACUGCUUGGCUAAGAUCUUGAGUCUCUUUGAGGAUGAAGAAAAAAGAAAGGAAUCCCUUGAAAUGUUUGAAGAAUCUUCAAAGCAGGGUUGUUUAAACAGUUCCUACCUCCUUUGGGAAAGUAACAGAAAGGCUGCUAUGUCAGAUCCUGGCAGAUACCUCCAAAGUCUCAGGAAGCUACGAGACUAUGCAGCAAAGGGCUGCUGGGAAGCACAGAUAGCUUUAGCCAAAGCUUGUGGGAAUGGAAACCAACUAGGAUUAGAAGCAAAAUCUUCCAGUGAAAUGGUGUCUCAAAUCUUUCAAGCUUCCCUUCCUAUCAGCAAGCAAAGUAUCUUCACUGUGCAGAAAGGAAUGAAUGAAACAAUGAGGUACAUCUUGGUUGAUUGGCUGGUAGAAGUGGCUACCAUGAAAGACUUUUCUAGCCUAUGCCUUCACAUGACAGUGGGGUGCGUGGAUCGUUAUUUGAAGCUGAGACCUGUACCUCGAGCUCGACUCCAGCUUUUGGGAAUAGCCUGCAUGGUCAUUUGCACACGUUUCAUCAGCAAAGAGAUCUUGACAAUACGGGAAGCUGUGUGGCUAACAGACAACACAUACAAGUAUGAAGACUUGGUCAGAAUGAUGGGUGAGAUCAUUUCUGCCCUAGAAGGAAAGAUAAGGAUACCUACCAUUGUGGACUACAAAGAAGUAUUGUCAAACAUAGUCUCACUGGAGAGAAGAACUCUUCACCUUUACAGCUUCAUUUGUGAACUGUCACUCUUAAACACAAGUCUUUGUGUGUAUUCCCCAGCUCGGCUGGCUGCUGCAGCACUGCUGCUGGCUAAGAUACUACACAGGCAAGCACACCCCUGGACCAGCCAGCUGUCUGAGUGCACUGGUUUCUCUCUUGAAGACUUGUUGCCCUGUGUGCUAAGCCUCCACCAAAAGUGUUUUCAUGAUGAUGUCCCAAAGGAUUAUAGGCAGGUGUCCUUAACUGCAGUGAAACAACGAUUUGAAGAUGAGCGUUAUGAAGAAAUAGGCAAAGAAAAGAUGAUGGGUUACAGCCAGCUCUGUUCAUUGUUGGGUAUGAAACAAGAGGACCCAGAGCCCAGUCCUUUGCACACGAAUGUGGUGGAGAUUCAGACUUUCCUUAGCUCUCCCUCUGGAAAGAGAACUAAAAGGAGGAGGGAAGACAGUAUUCAGGAUGACAGGGGCAGCUUUGUGACUACACCCACAGCAGAGCUAUCCACCCAGGAAGAAAGUCUUCUAGAUAACUUCCUAGACUGGAGUUUAGAUUCCUGCUCUGGUUAUGAAGGUGAUCAGGAAAGUGAAGGCGAGAGAGAUGGAGAUGUGACAGGUCCCAGUGGGAUCUUGGAUGUGACGGUGGUCUAUAUGGAUCCUGCGGAGCACUGCUGUCAGGACUCCAGUGAUGAAGACACCCUAGCUGUAGAGUGGUCUGGGCACAUGGCACCACUGAGGGAGGCUAAGCUGCUGGAUGACACUCGCAGCCUUUCAGCAUAUCUCACCCCAAGAAAUCCUAACAUGGAAGGGAGCUCAGGCUACUCUUCUGUCAACAGUGCCAGUCCUACAUCUUCUACAGAAGGCAGCCUCAGAGUACCUCUUAAAUCUACCUCAGCACUGCCUCUUGGCAGUGCAAUGAACAAGAAGCCAUGCCUGCCUCACUACCUGGAAUCAUGUUUACAGUCAGUCUGUGCUAGGCCUAGUGAUGGCAAGUGUGACAGAAGGCAAGUCAAGCGAAAAAAUGUGGCAGAACACAGUGAAGAAAGGUUGAACUUGGGCUUCUUAAGCCUCUGAUUUCUUCAUGCUCUCUCCUUUUCUAGGAUUCCUGGAAACAGUAUUUCUGUUGUAGUCAUACAGGGAUGAUAGUGAAUAAUUGUCAAUACCUCCAAAAAGAGCCCUUCCCCUCAACUUCGCCUAUACCUAUCUUCUAAUUCUGUAGCUCACUUCUGGGCCACUUCCUUCCUUGAUAGCUGCCUUUUUAAAGUAUUCCCUAUUGUCUGAUCCUCUGCAAACUUAAGAUUCUUCUCCACAAAGGAAAUUUUAUAGCUCAUUUUUGUCAUACCUCACCAGUUACUGCUUGGUGAUAGGAAAGAACUUGUCAUGUCCCCUGCUUCGCUGUGAGGCCUGGCACUAUAAAAGAAAGGAAUUGACUUUGGUUCUCAAGUUACGGGAUGUAACACUAUGCUUGAAUUCUUCCACUUGAAAGACCUUUUUGAGGUUGUGCUGCCUUUUCCUUCUGGCCAGGUACUGUCUCACUCAGCUGGUGCUUCCUUCUA